AACGGUUGAAAAGCAAACAAUCUCGAUUUGAAAAAAAAAGUCGAUAACAACUCGAUCGGUGAGAAGCCAAGAGACAUCUUGAAUCGGUCGUUUUAAAGUCGGGGUUGGGGUCGGGUUCGGGGUCGGGAGUCAAGUUCCCUGCUUGCGACGUGCGCCAUAACCGUUGCGCCGUGUAACCUUCUGUCAGCCGUCGUCGGCGAGGAGUGAGUACUCAGUGAUCAGAGAAAAGAUGGCUACGAACUUUGGGGUAGAAUGUCAGUACUUUUACGAGGAUGUCGUCUACCGUGUGGACAAAAAAGGUAACGUUGUAUUCGGGAUCGUUAUGGAAAACGACGACCAAGAUUUGUCUGAGGAAAGUUCUGACAGUGAAGAGAGUCCAAAAAGGAAAAAGGGCGAGAUUCGCGUGGUCUGGCAUCCCUCCGGUGUCUCGGAACUGGUCAGCUCGAAGAAGGUUCACUUAGCGGAUAGAACACUGAUGCCAGGAGAUGUUGUACGUCGAAUGAUCAAGGGAAAAGAUACACAAAGGGGAUAUUGCAGAGAUAUUGAGCUUACUGCUUGUGUUCAAGUGAUCGGUACUAAACAGGUCCUUACAAAUAUUAGAAGCGAAGAUUUAGUACCUUUGGAAGAAUUUGCAACGGAUAUAUCUGUUUGUAUGGAUUCAUGGGUUGGUGGUAUAAAAAUGGCACAUUUUAAAUUAUGGCUUACUACACCAGAUGGAUCACGAUGUGUUAUAAAUGAAAUGGAUUCUCGUGUGUUGGGCCAAUUAGAAGAAAAACGCGAUAAUGACAAUGAUUUUCCUCGUUCUUUUGAAUUUUAUCCUGGUCAAAAUUUGUGGGGACCAGUUCACUGCCUAGAGGAUGCACAGUGGAUUACGUGUACAAAAGAAAUGAAAGCAAAGAGGAAAACUAAACCACAAAAGAUGACAAAAGUAAUAGUAGAAAAGGUAGAAACAGAUUGGGUAGGAGUACAUUGGCAGUGUAGAGCAUAUUCAAAGGAUGGCGCUUGGUCUGAUCAAGCUCAACCAAAAUUUGUAGUCGAAGGAGAAAAUUUAAAGAAAUUAAAAUUAUUAAAUGUUUUCGAGUCUUCGACUGUACAAGUGGGAGAUCGCAAUUUCUAUGUAAUUAAAGGUGAUGAAAAUAUCAUUACCCGAGAACAAUGGAGGAAGCAACAGAAAGAUAUGUAUCAAGUUCCUAAACAUAGUCCAAAGAAAACACGUCCAAAUAUCAGUGUUACAAAGCCGGUCGAAGAUAAAAGAAAAGAUAAAGUUAGCGAACAGCAGGCAUUAGAAGAGAAUGCUCAAAACAAUAUUAACAAUUUACAAAAUGUGACAAGUAGUAACACUUUAAUGCCUCCGAUACACAAUCAAAUUACUGAAAGUUCUGAUGAUUGGGAUACGGAAGAUACAGGUUCGCAAAGCGAUAGCGCUUCGAUAUCUAGUGGAUGUUCAAGCAUGUCUUCUAUGGGUAAAAAGAAAAAAGGUCCUGCAUUAAUGACAAAAGUAUUAAAGAAAAAAAAAUUAUGUAAAGCAAAAAAGAAAGUACCACCAGUUCCGCUUAUCCCAGGAACUAAAAUUGUUGUAGAAACACUAUCUACAAACACGAAAGCUAAUGUUGUAUGGCAGGAUGGUUCUGUAGAAUUUGGUAUUCCAUCAACACAACUCUAUCCAAUUCAUCACUUAGACGACAAAGAAUUCUUUCCGGGUGAUUUUGUAGUUGAUCAGAAAGAAGAAUCUCGAAUGUAUGGUGUAGUUCAAAGUGUUGAUCACCAAGGUAGAACAGCUAAAAUAAAGUGGUUCAAAACAUAUACUUCAAGUCAGAGUCCACAACCAACUUUACUAGAAGAACGUGAAGUCAGUGUGUAUGAUUUAAAAGAUCAUCCAGAUUUUCAAUACAGACCAGGUACAUUAGUAAUUCGAAUAGCUAAUUUCGAAGGAGAAGAUGCUGGAUGUACUGCAGGUCAAGUGUUAGAUAAUUAUCCAGAGGGACGAGUUAAAGUUUGGUGGGUUGAUGGACAUGUAAGUAUGUGUUGGCCUCAAGAUCUCUACAAAGUAGGGGAAUACGAUAGCGAUGAAGGAGAGUUAUGGGACGAUGUGUCAUCUGAUGCGUCAUGGGAGACGGAAUUGGAAGAUUGCUUUAUCGCUGACACCGAUGCUACAGAACAAACGGAACUAGAAAAUAUCAAGCCAAAAUUAGCCGCUCAUAUCGAGAAAGCUCGUAUCUCAUUGUCUAGAUUGGAAGAGAUCUUUACUCAGAAUCCAUCGCUUCAAACAACUGAAGUUAUGAGAAGAUUAUUGGAAGUGUACAAAGAUUGUCGAUAUAUGGAUAAACUAAUGGGUACCUCUUUCUUCCAUGAAAGCCAUUUUCAGGGAUUAUUAGAAAGAGUUAGAGAACGUGGCCGAGCAAAUGUAGCGCAACGUAUGGCGGAUCAAGUGACGAGAUUGUUUACUCAUAAAUCUGAUGGGUCAGAGGAAGGUAUAGAAAAGGAGAAUAGUGAAAAUUUUAAUAGUGUACAGUCUAGAAGUAGUCCUUGUGAAAAAAUCAUUACCACUGUAACAGAUAUGACUGAAUCUCCUGAUAAUAAAAACGAUGACAGCAACAAAAAGAAUGCAAAAGGUGAAGAUUCAACUGAUCGAUUGUUUAUCAAUACUAAUCCUAAUCCUGAAGAUUCUGGAUUGUAUUCUGCGGAGAAUUCAAAAAAGGAAUCAGGUUCGAGCGAGUCGAGCGGAGAAUUUUUACUUAGCGAAGAUGUAAAUAACAUCCCUGAUCGUUCAAUGGAAAAAAUUGAAUCAAAUAAGGCUAGCAGAAUGCAAAUGAAUAUGAGCUCUCACAUAGCCAGUUCUCAAGUUUGCGUUAAACUUUGUACUCUGAUAAAAGCUCAGCUUGUAUUAGCGCAUGCAGAAGUUUCUAAACGGUUUGGAUUAUCGAAAAUGAGGUUAUUCGACGCUGAAAAAGGUUCCUCUCCUUUGAAGAAACAGAAGAAAGACGAGGAAAAGCGUAUAGAAUUAUUACAGGAAUCGUCUGAAUGUUCAAUUGAAGUUCCACCGCCAGUAUACAUGGAAGGAGAAGGAUUCACUAUAGAUGAAACUGCGCCGGAUAGCCAUAAAUUUAAGUUAACAAUGUUUCAGCCUACAGAUCCUACAAACUUUUUUAGGACUGUGUCUAAGGAAUUAAAACUCUUGAAGAGUUCCCUUCCACCUGGCAUAUGGGUAAAAGGAUUUGAAGAUAGAAUAGAUUUGUACUCGGUAAUGUUCCGAGGCCCUGAAAAAACACCAUACGAAGAUGGACUUUUCCUUUUCGAUUUUCAAUUGUCCGCCGAUUAUCCUGCUGCUCCACCACUUUGUCAUUACAUUUCUUACUGUAACGAUAGAUUGAAUCCUAAUCUCUACGAGGAUGGUAAAGUAUGUGUAAGUUUACUCGGAACUUGGUCCGGUCGUGGAACAGAAGUAUGGACAAGCUCUUCGACUCUGUUACAAGUUAUAGUUUCUAUUCAAGGGCUAAUCCUCGUACCAGAACCAUAUUUUAACGAGGCUGGAUUUGAAAAACAGAAAGGUUCUCAACAGGGAAAAGAGAAUUCAAGAAUGUACAAUGAAAUGGUUGUAUUGAAAUUGGUUCAAGCACAAACUAAAUUGUUACAGCAUCCGCCACCAGUAUUUAAAGAUAUUAUUAUUGAACACUUCAAGAGGCAUGCAAAGAAAUUGCUACAACGCUUAGAUUUAUGGAUGGAAAUUUCUGAACAGCAUAACAAUCAGCAUCCAUUAUCUCCAGUAACACCUACUACUUUCAAACAAAUAUCUGACCUUGAUAAGAAAAUUUUACCAGAAUUUCCAUUAAUACCAGCGUCUAGAGGCUUUUGUAUAACACUCCGUAAGACUUUGGCUACCUUUAAAAAUGUACUAAUUAACGAAGGUAUUAUAGAAAGAGACAAUGAAACACUGGAUCGUGAGAAUGUUAAACAGCAACCAAAAAAUGAGUGUCACGAAUCUUAUAACGUGGUGCAUCGUAACAGUAAAAGAAACAUCAGUGAAGAAAGUAGCAAAUUAACGUUGAAUGGAGGAAUAUCUAAGGACUGUAUUUCAUCAUCCUCCACGAAUAUUUCUUCUCCGCCACUAUGCGAAACGAAGAAGAACACUUCGGAUCAUACCAUCAGCUAGCCACAAGGUAAAUCUAAGUUUAAACCUAAAAAUGUAGCUUAUAAAAGGUACAUCAUUAUUCGGUAAUAUAUUGAAUUAAUUUAUUAUAUUAUAUUAUAUAUUGAAAGAUAUGUUCAAUGAUGUUCGCGGUAUCUAUUUAUUUAUAUGAACAUUAACUACUACUAACAAGCGAUAACUUUUCAUAGAAAUGCCGCUGUCAUUGCUCCGCAACUAGGUAAUACUUGUUACUGUAGAGUAACCAUUAUAGUAACAUAUAAAAGUAAUAAAAUACGAUGACACAUAGACACGUGCGGGCAAAUUUUGUUGUUGUAAACAAUUCGUAAAUUUCUCGGGAUUUAUUCAUUUAUAAUGUUAUAUAAAAUAUAUAAUAACGGAAUUAUAUAUAAUAUAUAACAUUGUUAAUAAUUAAUGGAUGUAGAAUUAAUAUUUGCCCCGAGGAUAAAUACAUACGGGAUACUACACGCAUUUAGUUCUGUAAUUUUCUGCAAUAAGAGUAAAAGCGUUCCUCGGAAACGCAAUAAAAACUUGACUGAAUUAUUAAAAACAAAGAAAAAAGAAAUCAAUGUCGAGGCAAAUAAAAUCAGGUAAACUCAAGAACAUCGUUAUUCCGUAAAAAAAAAUAAAAAAAAAAGAUAAGAAUUAAAUGAAAGGUAAAGUAACCGGUAGCAAUACGUUGAGCCAACAUGAGAACACUUUGCAAUAGAGUUAAGAGACACGAUAAUAAUAGCUAUUAAUUCUAAAUGCAUUUCAAUGAAUACACUUCGAAAUAAUAAUAUCACAGACUUUAAAAGUAAUCCAUUAUCCUUUCAACUACCUUGAAUCAUUAUGCCAUCCACUAAUACAGUAUUUCAAAUAAAGAUUACGAAGUGGUUUUGAUUGCAUAUAGGUUUUAGCUUAGAGAAACAAAGAUUCGUAUUUAGAUGAGAACCUAUGAAAGCUAUGUCUAACGUUAGACACUUUUAACGUAACUUGUAAAUUAUAAUAUUAUUAGAUGCACGAUUAUCAACACUAACAAUUUUCUUCAUUGAUGAUUUAUUUCGUACGUUUAUAGAAAAUUAUGUUUGCGAUGUUCAAUUUGUUUGUUUUUUUCUUUUACGAAUAAUUUAAUAACAAAGUACUUAGUAUUAUUAUAUAUUCAAUGGCAGAUAAUGUUGAUACUUAUACAUAUAACGUACAGUAUUACUUAUAUUUAUUUUAUUUUAUUUCUAUACUCCCUAGUGUAAUAUAAAACAUUAUUAUGAGGGGGUUGUUUCUAUAAAUUUUAAAAUGAAUGUAUCUACAAAUAUGGUACUUAAUACACGUAACAUUUGUGCGAAAAUGUAUUCUACAGAAAUAUAUUGCUCACAACGAAAUAAGAAAGAGAGAUCAACAGUUAUGUAACUAUUUGUAUUAACACAAAAUGAAUAUUCUUUGUUUUCUUUUCUGAUUAUAUUGUACUACUACAUUUUAUUCAUAUUAAUCAGUAUCACAUUUUAGUUAUUUUUCUCCUUAAAGUAUAUAUAUAUCAUAUGUAUAAUAAUUAUUUUAAAGGAAUGAAAUUCCAUUGAAAGUUAUGUAUAAAAGUUAUAUUUUUCUAAAAGUUAUGGCUUAAUUCCAAAAUACUUGUAUAUUGUUUAAGUUAUAUUUAUAUAAUACAUUUUUUAUUUAUAUACUACUUACAUAUAUAUAUAUAUAUAUUAUAUGUGUUAAUAAACGAUCGUCAAAUUUUUGUUAUUAGAUGAUGCUUGAUCUUAUUAAUCGCUUAGCUGAAGGUAUGAUUUCAAACUAACACGCUGCAUUGAUUUUUUUACUACCCCGGGUUAGUGUACAGUAAUUUAAAAAAGAGAAAAUUUGUGUUCAGAGACCGAUAAAAAAAGUUACCCUUUAAACCAAGAAUUUAACGUGUAUACAUAAUAUACUUUUGUCUGCAUGUUGUUUCAAUCGUAUCGCAGAACGAUUUAUAUUAUGUUGAAUAUUUAUCGACAUAGAAUAGCACAAAAAUUUGAGUGUUAAAGAACGUAAUACAAUCACGUAUACAGUACUGCAUAUCGAAGAAUGUCUAAUCUGCAAUGGAUCUGUAGGUUUUGAUAUUCUUGGAUCAAAUUGCAGUAUCUUAAAAAUGCGAUGGUUUUGGAAUUCUCACGCCAGAAGGGCGCACUUGACACGGGUACAGAGGCAAGAUUUACAAAAGAAAACGUACUUGCAUGAAAGUUUCUUUGAAGUCAUAUGGUGCUGGAUAAUAUAAACCAAAAAAUAAGAGGAAAACUCAGUUAUCUCCAGGAAACUACAGUUUCCAGUGAGAAGAAAGAAAGAGCGCGCGCGAAAGAGAGAGAGAGAGAUUGUGUGUAUGUAUAAGUAGAAAGAUAGUAAAACUAUACAUAUAGCUGAAGAAAUUAUGAGAAAGGGGGAAAAAAAUGCAAAUGCUGCCCUUUAAGAUAAAGAGGAGCUUGUUAUAUGAAAGGUGAUGUUUUGGAAUGCCUUGUAUAUGUGCCAGCUAUUUCUAUUUACAUUACUAUGAUAAUUAUACUUGUAAGUUGCAUAAAGCUUUAUUUCGGUUGUAAUUACUUUGAUGUUAUAUUAAAAAAAGGAAAAAAAAACCAAAAGAAGCAUAUUUAAUUAUUCGAGUCAGUAUACAAAGUUUAGAUGCCAACAGUUAAUUUAUGAUUGUUUAAAAAGAAAAAUAUGAGUAAGGUAACGUUAAUCAUUAUUGUAUUUAUUGUAACGCUAUGAUAUUGGCUGCCAAAAUGUUAAAAAUUGAAAAAAAAGUGUUCGACAUAUUUCAUUGUAGAUGAAACAUUUCAAAAGAUGAGAAAAUAAGGAGGAAAACGUUUGUUGGUUUCACUUUUAAUUAAAGAGUUUUUCUUUGUUGGCAUCGGCUUAUGUAGUAUUACAAAGAUCAUGUAAUAAGUUAUACUUGUAACUUGAUUUCCUUGAAUCUUAUUUAAUAAAAAGUCAGUAUGCGAUUAAAACACA